UAGAGAGCUACAUUUGCGUAUUAAAAAAUUUAGUAACUUUUCGUGCUCAGCGACUUUUGGUUGAUUUUGCGUUCCUCUGCUGGUAGGGCGAAAUAAUUUUCUAUGGAAAAGUGUGAAAUGUGCAGUUGACGAGUACUGGAGUACUGCCUGUGAAUUUGGAUUUAUUUUUAUUUAAUUGUUUAGCUAUAAUAGUGAAUACAAUUUUUUAUAUUUGAAAAAGUAUUGCUCAAGGAGCUUCGUAGUGUAAUUUUACGACCGCAAACAUGUCCACUUUUGUGAAUGGCGUGCGUGGCGUCUUCCGCCGUCAUCCCUUUCUCACCAACAGUGCCAUUUAUGGCAGUUUGUAUGUCGCUGCUGAGUAUUCUCAACAAUAUUUGGUGAAACGUGUGCUGCCGGAAAGCGAAGCGGAGAAAGAGGAUAUCGAUUAUGCCACAAUAGGUCGGUAUGCUGUGAUGGGCACAACCGUUUUCGCACCAACACUCUAUACAUGGUACAAGUGGCUGGAUCGCACAUUUCCAGGUACUGCCAAGCAGACCAUCGUCAAGAAACUGGUGUGGGAUCAAUUUGUCUUGACGCCCUACCUGCUGACAGUUUUUUACACAGGCAUGUCUUUAAUGGAACGCGCUGAGGAUCCCUUCAAGGAGUUGCGCGAAAAGUUCGUGCCUACAUUUGUACGCUCUUGCAUUUUUUGGCUGCCAGCGCAAACAUUAAAUUUCGUUUUGGUUGCGCCGAGAUUUCGUGUGAUUUACAUGGGUGUUUGUGGUUUCAUCUGGGUAAACAUUUUGUGCUGGAUUAAGCGGCAGCGAAACGAGCUGGAGCCCGAGAGUGGAGUGAAGGUGAAGGUGGCUGCUCAGUAGAGGCCUAAACUAAAAUCAGCUGUAGCUGUAUUUUAAAAAUCAGAUUUAAAUUUACGUUAGAAUAGUUAGUUAAACAAAGCAAUGCAAUGAGGUUUGAGUUUAUAAUAAAAAACCGCAAGGGAGCUUAGCAUUUUAAAAUAUUUCAUGAACUUGUGAGAAUGAAUUUCGAAAAUGUCGAUAACAUCGGUAUAACGAUAACUACAGCAUGCAAAUGUUGAUAUAUUUGCCUGAUUGAAAAUCAUGGAGAGUUAGAGAUUCAGGCAUUCUAGUGUUUGUCUAGUUGUACUCCAUUUAAAAUCAUUAUUUUUACUUAUAAUUAAAUUUUUAUUUUAUAAUGU